AUGGCCGGCGAAGACGGCGCCGCCCCUCCCCCGCCUCCGCCCCCGCUCCCGUCCUACCCUGAGAUGAUCGUGGAGGCAAUCCGCGCGCUGGGACUCGAGAACGGCUCCAACAAGACUGCGAUCUCGGACUACAUCAAGGGCAGGUACGGCUCCAGCCUCCCGGCCCAGCACAACGCCAUCCUCACGGGUCACCUCGCCCGCAUGAAGGCCACCAGCGAGCUCGCCUUCCUCAGGAACAACUACCUCCUCCCCGACGAGGAGGAGGAGGAGGAGGAGGAGGAGGAAGCCUCCCCGCUGCGCACCGAUGGGCACAAGGACCCCGCCGACGCCGAGGACUCUACUGGCGUGUUCGACGCCACUUCCUUCUUCCUCGACUUCGAUGAGGAUGAGCUGCUUGCUCCCCCUAUCGUCCUCGACGCUGACGACAUUGCGGUGCCUGCUCCAGCUCCCGUUGUCACUGCUGAUGUCAACCCUGUUCCUACCAAGCGGGGACGCGGACGCCCCCCGAAGCCCAAGGACCCCGUUGCCGUGGGCUCCAGUGGUGAGCCCGCUACAGCUCCUCCCGUCGUCGCCGCUGAUGCCGCUGCCGUGCCUGUCAAGCGCGGGCGCGGACGUCCGCCGAAACCCAAGAACCCCGUCGCCGAGGACUCAGCUCCCACUGCGGCGGCUUCCGUCGUCAUCGCUGAUGCCAAUGCCGUGCCUGUGAAGCGUGGGCGCGGACGCCCCCCCAAGCCCAAGGACCCCACCACUGUGGGCACCGACCGGGCCACCAGCGGCAUGCUCAGUCCACGUGGCCGUGGCCGUGGCCGCCCGCCCAAGAAGGCCAAGGUCGCCGUGGACGAUCCCAGUGGUGAGCCUGCUGCAGCUCCUGGCGUUGCUGCUGAUGCCAGUGCUGUACCUGUCAAGCGUGGGCGUGGACGGCCCCCCAAGGUGAGGCCUGCAGUGGUUGGGAAGCCGUCUGAAUCUUAA